UUCUGAAAUCUGAUUUCAGUAAGCUGAAUAACAUGAAGAAAGGGUUUACCCAUGGAGAGGCAUCCCCUAUUUGUGAUAAAAUUGUAUUUGAUAAGGUAAAGCAGGGUUUAGGAGGUAGAGUUCGUCUUAUUUUGUCUGGAGCAGCACCUUUAUCUGCACAUGUGGAAGGUUACUUACGGGUGGUGACUUGUUGUCAUGUCCUACAAGGAUAUGGCCUGACUGAAACCUGUGCGGGAACCUUUGUCUCAUUACCAAAUGAAAUGGAAAUGCUUGGAACGGUGGGCCCUCCAGUACCAAAUGUUGAUGUGUGCUUGGAAUCUGUUCCUGAAAUGGGAUAUGAUGCCCUAGCAAGCACACCAAGGGGAGAAAUUUGUGUAAAGGGUAAAACCUUGUUUUCCGGGUACUACAAACGUGAAGAUCUCACCAAAGAGGUUCUGAUCGAUGAAUGGUUCCAUACAGGGGAUAUUGGAGAGUGGCAACCUAAUGGAAGCAUGAAAAUUAUUGAUAGGAAAAAAAAUAUAUUUAAACUUUCACAGGGAGAAUAUGUUGCUGUCGAAAACCUGGAGAACAUUUAUGGACAAGUUUCAUGUAUUGAAUCUAUAUGGGUUUACGGAAACAGUUUUGAGGCCUUCCUUGCUGUUGUUAAUCCCAGAAAGGAAGCACUUGAACAAUGGGCUCAAGAAAAUGCUAUAUCAAAGGACUUCAAUUCUCUUUGUGAAGAUGCUAGAGCAAAAAGUUACAUACUUGCAGAGCUCUCAAAGAUUGGAAAGGAAAAGAAGUUGAAAGGUUUCGAGUUUAUAAAAGGAGUUCAUCUUGACCCGAUUCCGUUUGACAUGGAACGUGACCUUAUCACUCCAACAUACAAGAAGAAGAGGCCACAGUUGCUUAAAUUUUAUCAGAAUGCUAUUGACAACAUGUACAAGAGUACAAAGUAAGCCAUGGCUCAGAGGUGCUUUGGGAGUUAAUGUCACGGGGACAAUUUAUUUUCUGCAUGUUAUUCUCUUCCUUCUAUUGUUUCCCUUAGGUGACUGUAUAUACGAUGAAUAUAGGGAUACCCAAUAUUAUAAAUGUAUUUUUAUUUAUAAUUUCUUCA